GGACACCAAACCGACACGUACCGGAGUGGAGCUGUGUUGCAGUCAGACCGGUCCGGGUAGAUAAGUGGGUGAAAGGUCCAGCAGACAGUAGAGACAGCAGAGCACUAACACCAUUCUCAGAGACAUACACCGAACAGAACGGAAAGUAAAAAUGUCCAAACAGCCGCAACCGAUCAGUCCGCUGAAGAACUUCUUCGCUGGAGGCUUUGGAGGGGUUUGCCUCGUCUUCGCCGGACAUCCACUCGACACCAUUAAAGUGCGUUUACAAACUCAGCCCAAAGCCAAACCUGGAGAGAGCCUCAUGUAUGCUGGAACCAUUGACUGUUUCAAAAAGACCUUAGCCAAAGAGGGGGUGAAGGGGCUUUAUAAAGGCAUGGCAGCCCCCAUCAUUGGAGUCACUCCCAUGUUUGCUGUCUGUUUCUUUGGAUUUGGACUGGGCAAGAAGCUGCAACAAAAGACUCCUGAUGAUAUCCUUACGUAUCCACAGCUGUUUGCAGCAGGGAUGUUGUCCGGUGUGUUCACCACGGCCAUCAUGGCUCCUGGAGAGAGAAUCAAAUGUCUCCUACAGAUCCAGGCAUCGACCGGGCAGGUGAAGUAUGACGGACCCAUGGACUGUGUUAAACAGCUGUACCGAGAGUCUGGGAUCAGAGGGAUCUACAAAGGCACCGCUCUGACUCUCAUGAGAGAUGUUCCGGCCAGUGGGAUGUACUUCAUGUCCUAUGAGUGGUUGAAGAACCUCCUCACACCUGCAGGAAAAAACCAUAAUGAGCUCAGUGUUCCCAGUGUGCUGUUUGCCGGAGGAAUGGCCGGGAUCUUUAACUGGGCUGUCGCGAUUCCACCAGAUGUUCUCAAGUCUCGUUUCCAGACAGCUCCUGAGGGAAAAUAUCCAAACGGUUUCCGAGAUGUUCUGCGGGAGCUGAUCAGAGAGGAGGGCGUGUCCUCGCUGUAUAAGGGCUUCAAUGCUGUCAUGCUUAGAGCUUUCCCUGCAAACGCAGCUUGCUUCUUAGGAUUUGAGCUCGCGAUGAAAUUCCUGAACUGGUUAGCACCAAACCUGUGAUGAAGGCUCGGCGUCGCCUCAUAUGUGAAUCCCAGGAACAGAACUGUGUAACACAACAACAGUUAUUAGCAGUGCGCACGCACACACAAACUAAAUCAAACAAUAUUAAGAGAUUUUAACAAAUUUCCAAUAAUGUACUUGAUUAUCUUUGAAACAUUGUGGUACUGUAGAGCACGUGGAUCGAUCAGAUCUGCACAGAGUUCAGUGAAGAGAUGCUGUGAUGACUCUGUACCAGUGCCAGUAACCAAACACACACACACACGGACAGUCGAAUGUUCUCACUCCUUUUUGUUUUACUUGCUUUUGAUUUUUUUUUUUGUUUGUUUGUUUGUUUUUAAUUCUGUUAUUUUUUUAUAUGAGAAAAGGAGUAAACUGAACAUGUCGUGCCUUAACCUUUUGUUAUCUGCGAGCAGGUCUACAUAUCAGGGAACAGGUGCAUUUUGUUGUACUGUGUGUGUUCAGUCUCUCAGCAAUACACGCCUUUCAGACUGUCCUUUGCUUCCUGUACGGUCACACACACACCACUCAGUGACCGCUGAUACCAACUUCACUUUCUAUUUGUUUAAUGUGAAAUUAUGAGAGUAGUCAUAAUGAGAUUGAUUGAACAGUAUAUGAAUGUCGGCAUGUAUAGAAAUAAAAAACAGAAUCCAUAUUUAGAAAUCAAA